GCACAAGGUUGCCAUGCCUCCGCCAGGCGGCUCUCCGUUGCCGCGCCGGCCCCAGCUGCUGCCCGUCCCUGCGGCGGACGUGCUGUACGCGGCCCGCCACUCGCUGCUCCGGGAGGUGAGACACGCCGCGGCGGCGGUGGCGACGCCGCGAGGGUCGCAGGGCACGGCGGCGGAGGCGGCGGAGGCGGCGAGGCGAUUGGGGGCGCUGCGGCUGUGGGUGUCGGCGCUGGCGAGGGGGGUGCCGAGAGCCGUCGAUGGAGGCUUGCUCGCUCGAGGGCUGGCGGAGCUCGAGGUUGAGAUGGACGCGUGGGAGGAGGCGGACUUGCCGGGCGAGCAGCAGUGGGCCGGCAUGCUGCAGCGAGCCGGCAUCUCCGAGUCGAUCGGCAGUCCGUACCUCUCGGAGGCCGCGACUCGGCUCGUGAUGUGCACGUCGGCGAUGCCGGCGCGGCACGGCUACCCUUGCUCGCUCUGGCUCCUCUUCCACACGCUGCUCGCGCACUCCUCUCCGGAGCACGCGCCGCAGACGCUCGAGGCGAUCCUGCGCUACGUCGACGUCUUCUUCUCGUGCGCCGAGUGCGUCGUACACUUCCGCUCUCUCGCUCUGCACCUCUCGCCGCCGCCCGCCGCCGCCCCCGCCGCCGGCGCCGCCAGCGCUGGCGGGGGAGGAGGAGGAGGCGAGGAGGAGGAGGAGGAGGCGAGGGGCGCUGCCGCGCCGCUGGCGGGUGGCAGCGCUGCGUUCAGGCGCCUCUCGGCCGUCGUGCGGCGGAUUCGGCUCGUCGCGUCCCGCCGCGUGCAGGCUGCGUCGCUCGGCGGCGCCAGCGCGGACCAGGCAAAGCGAGGAGUCGCCGUCGCCGCUUGCGUCCGCCGCAGCACGAGCCUCCUCCUCGCCGUGCUGCUCGCAAAGAGGGGCCUCCUCCUCGCCGUGCUGCUCGCAAAGAGGGGCGCGGCAUGCGGCGGGUGCGACCGGCGGCGGCGGGACCUCGACAAGGGGCUUCCCAUGUGGAUGGGGCAGGCCUCCAAGCGUGGCUGGCUUGGCCGGCGGCGCGGCAAGGCGCUGUAGAUUGUGGGGAGCACUGUGGCAGUGCACAGUGGAAGUGUCGGCCUAACGGAACAGGCUCGGGGAGGCGAAGCGGGGAAGUGAGGGGCUGUCUCUGACCGCAGCCGACUGGCGCGACCGCCGUGUGGAAGUCCCUGGUGGGGGCAGGUGGGAGCUGGGCACCGUGCAAGCGAUAGACAGCGUUGCAUAGACUACACCACAGGUUGAGGGUUGUGUCUUGUGAGGCUACUAGCCAAC